AUGAUGCUGCCUAAGCUCCUCUCACUUCUUUUCCUUUUUAUCACUCUGGUAUUUGCAAAUGAUGAGGCAGGUUUGCCAAAACUAGGUGUCAAGCGAGAUAAUUCGGUCAAAGGGACUAAAGGACAUAAUGAUCGCCAAUUUGUUUGGAGCUCGAUUGUCACGUUGGAGAAUGGGAAAGAAGGACACGAAUUAGUUACGGACGAGCAAAUGGUUGCCCUUGUACACAACGCCAGCAAGGAGAUGAGAGAGCAAUGGAACCUACGCGAUAAUUCCGAGCUACAUCCAUCGAUUAUGACCGCCCUCCAAGUUGGCGAGCAAGUCUACUUGGCAUCGUCGAUGAGGGGUGAUUAUUCAUUUAUUUACGAAUACAAAACGAAAGACAAAGGAGGUAAAAGUGGGAACGGGGAAAUCCGAAAGAGUGUGCCCGCUGAGAUCAGGGACGCACUCCAUGAUGCCCGAUUGGGAGCAGCCCCAGCGAGAACCAACUCCCAGCACAAGAAUGAUGCCUCCUGUGGGGAGCUCAUGGCUAGCUACACCUAUUUGCUGAAGAACCACGGGAAGGGACUGAGAAACAAACUUCCAAAGCCCCGUACAAUCGCCUGGCUUUACAGCGCCACUGGUGGAGUUACCCAAGCCGACAAGCUUUGGGAUCCCUGUGGCACAGGAGAUAAGGAUCAAUGGGGAUGUGAUGCGUUUUGCAAUAAGAUGGGCUUUAAAGUUAUUCCUACCAGCACUGAGGAAGAAACAAAGGAUUUCCCUAAGAUUUCAAACACGCAUCAACAAGAGUUAAUGACGAAGGAGUUGCGAGCUGAGCUUGAUCAGAGCAGGAAAGAAAUAGAGGAAGAGAGAAAGAAGGAACAGGCUAAGAAGGCGGAGGAAGACAGGGAACGGAGGAAAAAGAAAGGAGAAGAAAUAAGAAAGAAGAUGGAGGCAGAAAAGAAGAAGGAAGAGGAACAGAAGGGCAAACAAGGCCAUAACCAGCAUGAUAAGGACAAGCAUGGCAAGGACAAGGAUGACAAGGACAAGCAUGGUAAGGACAAGCAUGGUAAGGACAACCACGGCAAGCACGGCAAGCACGGCAAGCACGGCAAGCAUGGCAAGCAUGGCAAGCGUGAGACGGCGUGGAUAGCGUAG